UUUACCAUGUCACCAGUUGGGCUUAAUGAAUUUGGUUUCAAAUGCUAGGUUGGGCGUUGCAACUUCUAUUUUGGGGUCAGAAUUUACACCUAUUCCGCGAUGGCAGACAAGGAAGAAGACACAACCCGUAUCUGUGACCAGUGUCACAAGGAGGUGGCUGUGUCCAACUUUGCCUUGCACGAGUCCCACUGCCAGCGGUUCCUAUGCCUGUGUCCAGACUGUGAUGAGCCGGUUCCCAGAGAGCUAUUGGAGCAGCACCAUCAGAACCAGCACAGCCAGGUGAAGUGCACCAAGUGCGACAAAAAGGUGGAGAGUUGCCAGCUCCUGGACCAUGAGUGUAAGGCAAGGCUGCAGCGCUGUGAGUUCUGCCCGGUGGAGCUGCCGCUGUCGGCCAUGGCGGAGCACAGCCUGGCGUGUGGCAGGCGCACCGAGCGCUGCUCCGACUGCGGACGCUACGUCACUCUGAGGGACCAGCCGGAGCAUGCCCAGAUCUGCCCUGACCUCUAUGUUCCCGAUAACCCCUCCCCACCAUCCUCCAACAGCAGGCGAACAGCAGUGGUUUGCAGGAGCUGUAUGAGGUCUUUCCCAUUGGAGGAGAUGGCGGAGCAUCAGCUGGAGUGUGACCACACAUCAGAGGAGUCUAAAGGUGAUGAUGAUGAGGAAAAUGGCAGCCACAAACAGGAGCAGGCCAGUCCUCGUUUGACCAGUUCUAUGAAGUCUGCAUUGUUCUCAGCCCAAGGCAGGAGGCAGGAGCGGGAAGUUGACCAGAUCAGCACCUGUCCCCACUGUCACCUGGCUCUCCCCGUAGUCACACUACGAUGGCAUGAGGUCAAAUGUCAGAUCCAUGUCAACUUGAAAUGAGAAACAUGCUCAGAACUUCUGAAGGAACACUCCAUGGUGAAUUGGCGUAGUGGAUGACAACUUAGUGAUGACGUUAUUUAUUUCAGCAAAUUGCAAGUUAUUUUUAGCAGAAAAUCUGUAUUUGAGGCAGUUGAGUUAUUUCUGGUGAUUGGACAGGUUGGGUAAUAGUAAGAGAUUAUGACUUAUUACAUUAGUCAGGAUUCUUCUCUCUACAAGAGGAUAAGAAUCCUAUUUUACGAUUGUUGUAUAAUUAAGCAAUAAGGCCCGAGGAGGUGUGGUAAAUGGCCAAUAUACCACAGCUAAGGGCAUAUAUCACAAAACCCUGAG